AAAGAGCAGUGUUGGAUAAAAUCUAUUAUGACAUUGAACUAACCACAUGGGAACUAUUCCCUUUGAAAGCUGCCUCCUCUACUAGCCUGUGAUCACCAUGAAGGUAAAAGUCAGACUGCCUCCAGCUCCCAGCCCUGACCUCCUGAGAGAAACGUCUCCAACCAGACCUACCACAGAUCAUGAGAGACCCAGCCUCACAGCAGAGGCAAAGUGUGUCCCUCCUUUUCCAAUGAGUCAUGGGCACAACGCCUUGGGAUCACCCUGCCUCAGUCACCUAAGGAGGCAGCCAAUCUCUACAAUUGAUAAUGGCAGCCUCAUCUCACUCUACCUCUGCCUCCAGAUGCUCAUAAUGGGUGCAGGAGCAUUCCAAGUCCAGGGGCUCCAAGAACCCGUGGUGGCCACGCUGGGCAGUGAAACUGAGCUGCCCUGCUUCCUCUUGCCUCCUCAAAAUGUUAAAAAUAUGAAAAUAAGCUGGACCAGAUCCCUACCCUCCCAGGUGGUGCACCUGUAUGAGGAUGGUAGUGACAAGCCUAAGGAAGCUAUGGAGGAGUAUUUAGGGAGGACAGAGCUUGUGAAAAAUUUAAUGGAUAAGGGGAUAGUGCUCCUGAGAAUCCUCAGUGUCCAACCCUCUGACAGUGGGCAGUAUCGCUGUGCAUUCCAACAUGGCUCCUUCUACAGUGGUGCAGUGAUUGAGCUGAAAGUGGCAGCUCUUGGCUCACAUCCUCAGUUCCAUGUGGAAGUUAUUGAGUCCAGACAAACACAAGUGGUGUGUAAGUCAGAGGGCUGGUUCCCUCAGCCAAAGGUCCAGUGGAUGGACUCUGAGGGAGGAAAAAUACCAGCUGAGUCUGAGACUCACACCCAGGGUGAAGGUGGCUUGUUCCAUGUAACAACAUCACUGUUACUCAGAGAAGCUUCUCGGAAGAAUCUGACAUGUUCUAUCUGGAACCCAGUUCUGAAUCAGAAAAAGGAAGAAAUUGUCCAUAGCAG